AUGCAGCAGGCAGAACCCCAUCAAACGACUCCUGACACUGAGAUACUGGACCCGGAAGUGCUCCUGUCCACAGUGGGAUACAUACGCAGGAGGAGGACAGCUCUGUGGGUGACGGUGGCUCUGCUGGCUCUGUCGCUGGUGGUGUUGGCCGUGGGUUUGAUCUCCGCCACCCGCACCGACAACGUGGCGGUGGCCGGAUACUACCCAGGGAUCACACUGAGUUUCGGGGCCUUCCUCGGCAUCGUCGGCAUCCAUCUGGUGGAAAACCGACGGCCAAUGCUCAUGGCUGCCAUCAUCUUCAUCAGCAUCGGCGUCAUCGCAUCCUUCUUCUGCGCCAUCGUGGACGGGAUCAUCGCCUCAGAGUUCCUCGACAUAAGACCCUUGCAGGAGGACAUGUGUGACUUCUACACCAGUGGUUCUGGAUAUGCUUAUGACAGCUACUAUACUGAGGUGACGUGUCACUCCUUCGACAAGGCGUGCAGGCUGAAGCUGAGGAGCAACACCUGCUACUGCUGCUACCUGUACAACUGUGACAGCACGGAGUACCGCGCCAAGUACUUCGAGUUCACGGGGGUGAGCAGCUGCUGGGACGUGAUCCACCUCCAUCGCCUGCUGUGGGCCUCCGUGGUCCUCAACGUGCUCGGCCUCUUCCUCGGCAUCAUCGCCGCCGCCAUCCUGGGAGCCUACAAGGACAUGCAGAAGCCUCUUCCACCGGUGGCCCCGAGCCCGGCGCCGCCGCCCCACAUCCUGUACAACCCCACCCAGCACAUGCUCACCUACGCCGGCUUCUGUCCGGCGGGGCAGAACCUCCCUGCUUACCCCAACUACCCGGUGCAGCCUAACGGCGGCUUCCAGGGUCCCGCCACCCCACAGAUGAUCCCGGAGGCGGGUCUUCCCGCCACUUCCUGUCCGUCCGAGGAGACCCACAGCCAGCCGCCCUCGCAGGGCGUCCCCCAGCAGCAGGGAGGCGCCCAGGACCCAGGGGGCUUCAUGCUCACGCCCAACGCCCCGGUCCUCUAUGGAUCCUCCCAGAGCCCCUUCGAGAAACCCCCGCCUUACGCCUACUGAGGCCUCGGCACAAACGUGGUCGUCUACGUGAAGCAGAUGGUGUUUAUGUAGAUUAUUUGACAUUCCUUAGUAUUUAGUGUGUUCAAAAACACUUUGAGAGUGCAGGUGCUCAUGGGCAUUGUUACCAUGACGACCAAUGCACAGCGACAAAGGGCUUUCAACAGGAAGAUGAAAUAUCGCCAAUGUGGCCACCGUAUUGUGUCGCCACGACGGCGAUGUCGUCCCCGGCGGCAGGAAGUAUGUUCAGAUAGCAAUAUGGUCCAGGGAAAUGCACGCAUCGCUCACGAUCCUCAUGUAGGACGAGAACACCUGUUUUUAUGCAUUCUAAAUCGUAAAAUACGGCAAGUAAAAGGUGGCUAACAAUGCUGAUAACAGUAGUGUUAAAAAAACCCACUUAAAAAGCGCAGAAAAUACCCCAUGACCUAAAUGAUAAAGUAUUAGCAUUAUUGUUAUAUGUGCUACCGCAGAGGAACUACUUUUAGCGGCGCCGUGAUCACAGAGCGCUAACUAGCUUACGCUGCUAUUCGGUCGCCUCUGAGUUUGGUUAAAUCAUGCCUCUCACCUGGAUAGCAGAAGGUUGUGGACAUGAACCGAGAACUUGGUCAACUUUGGCAUCCAACUCAGACCCGGAAGUUGCAAGAAAGACCCAAAAAAACGCUUGUUCGCGGCACUUUAAAAAAAAAAAAAAAAGUUGAACACUGUGUGAGGAUUAUGAUUAUUCUUCAUCUGAACGGGAAGAUAUAAACAUCCCGUCAGUUGGCAUCCCAGUGAGAGCAGACAUUGUACAGUAAGUGAUUGUUUUAUAAAAUCAAUAAAUACAAUAUUAAUAUACUGUAUA